AGAGGGCAGGGCUAACCUGGGAGAGUUACAAAGCAGAGAGACACAAUGCAACAGAAGAGAGAGAUUGACAGAUAGAGAGGCUGGGAAAGUGGGAGAUGCCAACUGCCACAUGCUGGGAUUAUAAUACAAUGGAGGGUGAUAGACAACUGUUAAUAUCAAAGAUGAGAUUCUACUGCUGCUUCUUAUGAGGAGAGGACAUAAUACCAUUCCACAAUCAUUGAGAUUCAGCCUUACACAGGGAGAAUGCCACGAUGUCAUCCUACUCUGAUGCCGAUAAUCAGUGUCAACCGGGGAACACCAUCUGUGAUGUCACAGUGUAUCAACAGGAAGUGAUCAUUGUGCCCGUCCUGCUCCUCGCGAGCUUCCUGGUCACUCUGCUAAUCGUUCUCCUGAUGAGGUACUGCCCUGGAAAGGGAAACCGCAGACGACCCACCAUAACCCUAGCCCGACCACACAGCACUAGCAGGUCGAGCAGACACAGCGCCAGACAGAACCUACAGGGCAUUGAGGCUCCUCCUGAGCUGAACCCACUGGAGCAUGAGGAGUUACCUAUGACCACUCCGACCCGGCGUGACGCCCCAGCCACGUUGUCUGCAGUACCGGAGCCACCCAAAGAGAGACAGCAUGGCUCUUUCAACCUGGUCACUCCGCUGCCCCUCUCCUUCUCUGUCAAACCAGAUGACUCUGUCACCCUCUACAGGGCAAGGAUGGACAACAGAGACGUGAUUCUACGGACACUUAAAGAAACAGCCGAUGACAGCGAGCGCCAGUCCUUCCUGGGCUUUGCCUCCUUCCUGUCUGAGCUGGGGCCCCACCCCUUUCUGCCUGGUCUGAUGGGCGUGGUGUCCCUUCGUACCCCCCUCAUAACCGUGAUGGAGGAACUGGAGCACAGGGACCUGCUGGGGUUCCUAUGGAGGUGUCGACAGGAGACAGGUGUGGAGUCCCCAUGCAAUAUCACAGAGAAGCGCAUCUUCACCAUGGGAGGACAAGUGGCUUCUGCUCUGGAAUACCUGCAUGGUCAGAGCUGUAUCCAUGGCAAUGUUGGAGCUCGGAGCGUGCUGGUUGGCCGAGACCUGACGGCUAAAUUGUGGGGAUUUGGUCCAGCAUACCGUAGGAAAACACAAGCAGGAUCUCCAGGAGAGCUGCAGAACAUUGAUAUGAGGAAGUGGCAGGCUCCAGAAGUAUUGGCAAGGAGACCUGUCAGUCAAAACAGUGACGUCUGGUCUUUUGGUAUCCUGCUCCAUGAAAUAGUGACGCUAGGUGACCCACCAUUCCCUAAAGUUAUGGCCAGUGAUCUUCUUCAAUACCUCCAAAGAGGAAAGACUCAGAAGAGACCAGCUAAAUGUUCUAUCUCACUGUAUUCCAUAAUCAAGUCCUGUGGCCAGUUCGCACCACACGAGCGCCCUGCAUUGGCUGAGGUGAUCCAGAAACUCCAAUCAGGAGAGAAGAGUGCCAACAAUAGGACAGUUCUUCGAGUGCCUGAGCCACUCGGCAUUGAGAAGUACCUGCGGGAGGCGGGAUAUGGAGAGGCCUACAAUUACGUUGUUCUCUGAUUGGCUCCUGGGCUUGUCGUUUAAAUCAAGGUCUACACUACGUUCAGUUUUGCUUUACUCACAUUAUCAUGAAGACUGCUGGAAGAGCGUUUUAAAGGUCAAAACAACAAAUCUUGUUUAUCUUUAGGUCCCUUACUGUCCUCAAUACAAUGUGAGAGACUGAUGAAACACAUACAGAACCGGUCAAAAGAUUUAGAACACCUACUAA